AUGGCGCAUGGUCGGCCUGUCCACCGGGAGUUCUCCCAACUGUGUCCCUCCGAGCCCGGGAGCCUGCUCGACCGCGUGCGCAACGUCGUCGGCCUCGGAAGUGGCACUUUGCUCUCCGACAACGCCAACAUCUCCGUGCUGCCGCUCGGUGACGAACGGGUGAUGUGCCUCACGGAGACCACCAAGAGCUCCGUUCUGAUAGACCCGGAGACGCUCGACACCAUCGGCAAGUUCCAUUACACGGACCGGCUAUGGGGCUUGCUACAGACCACGCACCCGGUUGUGACAGGGACCGAGUUGUUGACGCUGCUCCCGGACAUCUUCCGGCGUGGCCAUCGUGUCGUCAGGAUGGCAGCCGGGAGCAACGAGAGGAAAGUGAUCGGGAGAGUGCAUUGUCGGGGAGGGCACGCACCAGGAUGGGUGCAUUCGUUCGCUGUCACGGAGAACUACAUCGUCGUGCCGGAGAUGCCCCUCCGAUACUCUGUCGCUGGCGUUCUCAAGUCUCAGCUGACACCUUGGUAUCUCUUCGACUGGCUGCCGGAGUCUGGGAGCUACAUGCACAUCAUAUGCAGGUUCAGUGGAAAGACUGUGGCGAGCGUGGAGAUUCCUCCGUUCAUGGCAUUACACUUCAUUAACGCAUACGAACAAGGAGAUGCGAUCAUUGCUGACUGUUGCGAGUACUAUGCUGAUCCUUCUGUCAUCAAGGCACUUGCACUGCAUAGACUAAGAUCUCCCGCAAUGAACAAGGAUGCAUUCCCUGAUGCUAGGGUUGCCCGAUUCAGGAUACCACAGGAUGGAAAUAGACCCCCCAUGGGCGAGCUGGAGACUGUGCUGGACCCUGUGGUGCAUAGCUGGGGAGUGGAGAUGCCUUCCAUCAAUCCGGCUUACCAGGGUAAGGAAUACCGUUAUGUGUAUGCCUGUGGCGCGCGAAGGCCAUGCAAUUUCUUGAACUCCCUCACCAAGAUCGACCUUGUGGAGAAAGAGGCCAAGAACUGGCAGGAGCUGGGCUCUGUGCCAUCGGAGCCCUUUUUUGUGGCGAGGCCAGGGGGGCUGAUGAAGAUGACGAAUGUUUGGAGGGGUUGUGAUCUCCAAUUCUCCAUCGUGAGCACCAUGGAAGGUGAUGGGUAUGCGCUACUGCUGGACGCCGUGACUUUUGAAGAAAUUGCUCGAGUAAGGCUCCCCUACGGCCUACCAUACGGCUUCCACGGCUGCUGGAUUCCAGAGAAUGUAUGA